AUGGGGGCGAACGGGCGGCAAGCAAGAUCAGCAAAGAACAGGCUCAAAGCGAAUCGAGUGAACAUCUCGAAGGGCCUGUUGAACAUCAGCCUACCGGCAACAUGCCCCGUCCGUCAUGAAGACAUCAGGCAGCUUGUGAAUGGGGACUCUGCCCUGAACCAGCUCUGCGCUCUCAAGGCGAUCGUCUCGUCGCUGGGAAGCUCCAAGGAGCAGCCCUCGAUCUCGCCGGAGGUCCCGGGGUUGCUGGAGAUCUCAGAGGCGGUUGUGAGCAUCUUUCCAUGCGGGGGGAGCAAGCUGUUGCACGAUGAGAUCAAGAAGUUCAUUCUGGCUCUCCCUCCCUCCAUUUCCCAGCCGGCCAUCUCGAAGUUCGUGGAGCAGAUCCUGUCGCAGAGGGGACCAGAGGUCCUCCUGUCCCUCGGAGUUCUGAGCCACGUCUCAUCAACGCAUCCCAUCCUCAAAGAAAAUUUCAAGAGCAUUCUCGACCUCCUGUCGUGCAUCCUCAACGAUCUGAACGAGGCCCUCCUGCAGACUCACUCCAGCAGCGUCAAGGCGGAGGUCAGCAGGAUCAUCUCGCAGGAGGAGAGAAAGGAGGAGGAGAGUGGUGAGAAGGGCCCGUUGGAGGAGGAGCAGCUGCCCAUGUUCGAGCCGGAGAUGCUCUGCUUCUGCAUGCACGCUCUGAAAGAUUUCUUCUCCGCCGUUGAGGAUCGAGUGAUCGAGACGAUCUCACGCGCGCUGACGAGGCAGCAGAAGGAGGGAGAGGACGACGAUGUCGGAGCUUUCCUGGGGCUAGUCAAGAUGCUCGUGAAGAUCCUUGAGAAUGACGGGGCUCAACGAGACGCUUUGACCCCAGCUACCAUCCUCCUCUGCUCGUUCGUGCAGAAGUCCAGCAAGGACGCCGCGUCUGUGUCGCUCCAGUUUGCGGGGCUGAGCGGGAAGGUGAAGCUGAAGGAGAAGCAGGUGGAGGAAGCGUUCAAGGACAGGAAGCCUUUCCUUCCCCUGCUUCACCUCCCCGGCUUCGUCCCCGUGGAGUUCGAGAGGCUGUCAAAGUUCGGACAGCAGGCGAUGCUGAGGGGAAUGCUGAGCGCUGGGGACAAGCGGGUGCUGCUGGAGCCGAUGGAGGUCGGGGAGGGGAGGAGGAGCUCCCUCCUCUUCUCCCUCCUCUUCGACCUGAUCUGCCUGCAGAGCUCGGAGACAGCUGACCUCUUCCUUGUGUGCUACGGCCUGCAAUCCUUGUCUUACGCCUUUUCCCUCGCCAAGGAUGUGCUCAGGACCUUCUUCAAGGAGAUCGACGAGCGAGGAGGAGGAGGAGGAGGAGGCUACCCGUGCUCUUCAUCGACCGUGGAGGAGAUGUGUAAGAAGGGGAUAGAUCUGUUGUGGCCGCAUUGUGAGGACCCGUUCCAAGGGAUCGCGGACCAGACCAAGGCGAUGUUCGAGCUCAUAGUCGAUCUUCUGGAGCUUGCACGCUCCCUCCAGAAGCUGGAGGGAGGAGGAGGGGAGGGAGGAUGGAGAUUGGAGGAGGAGGAGAGGAGACAGCUGUUUCAUCCCCUUCUGCAGCUGGCGAUGACUGUGAAGCGAGACAGGAAGGCAAGGUACCGCGUUCUGUUUGCCCUCGUUCCUAAGGUCGGAGUUGAGGGACUCCUCUCCUCCUUCUCCUCGUUCGCGCACGAGCUGCUGGCCGCCAUGAGGGAUCAGAGCGUUGGUUCGUGCUCGUCUUCCUUGCUGGAGGCCAUGUUGCUGGAGGGAGAGAAGAAGGAGAGGAAGGAGGAGGAGGCGAAGGCGGGGAGGAGGAAGCCGUGGUGGAUGAAGCCGCUGGUGGAGGCGAUCACGAGUAAUGACGUCAAGCUCAGAAACGCCAUGUGCAGCUACGCGCUGCCAGUCCUUGCGCGGGUGCUGCCCAAGAGCAUGGAGAUGCUGUUUGAGGAGCUUCAGGAGGCUCCUGCCGGAAGGAGGGAGGGAGGCGGAGGAGAAGGAGAGCAGGAGGAGGACGAGAGCUUGUGGGCGAUGACAGCAGUGAUCAAGGUUGCGAGAAGGACGGGAGUUGGGUCGGAGGAGAUGCUGAGCGUGAGUUCGGAGGGGAUGGUUCGCUUCCUGCGUCGGGCGCUGUCGCACGUCGAGGACGACAUGCGGCUCAACGGGCUGGAGAUGAUCUGCAUGCAGGCGAAGCAGACGGAGGCGGCGACAAGGAGGGAGGUGGAGCUUGUACAGGACUUCCUCCUCCUCAACAUGAAGUCCUCCUCCUCCCACUACCGGCAGCGCUGUAUGGAGCUCCUUAAGAAGUUCUUCACUCGCAUCAGGAUCAGCAGCCAGCACAUCCUGACGCAGGCGAGGAAGGCGGAGAAGGGGACGAGGGACGAGAAGGGGAGGAAGAUAGAGCGCCCGGACGAGGACAGGGUCAGGAUCGUGCGGGAGGGAGAGGACUUCCUGUGCUGGCUGGUGGGAAACAUCUCCUCCUCCCUCUUCCCUGGCUCCUCCUACGAGCGCGGCAUAAUGGCCCUAGAGCUCCUGGUGACGGUCAUUGACGUGUGGCAGCCGAGGGCUGCAAUGCAUCCUGACCCCGCGCUGCUGGGGCUGACUGUGACGGAGGAGCAGGAGAGCAGGAUCGCGUCCUCGCUCUUCACAGAGGAGGCAGUGAACGCUGUGAUCAACGCAGUGGUGAACAGCUUCGAUCAUGUUAGGAAGCAGGCGCUGGAGGUUCUCCUUCGCUUCCCUGCACCUCUCCCUGGGCUGGAGACCGAGGAGGAGGUCAAGAAGCUGGCGAGCUGGGCGCAGAGUCUCAUUGCCAGCCCUCGAGCGAGGGAGAGCGACGCGGGAGGUCUCAUUCUCAAGGUGAUUCACCUCAAGUACGUCAAGCAGCUCGGCUGGUUGGGAGACCCCUGGAGGUCCAGCGAGGAAGUGAACGAGGCGAGGAAGCAGUACCCCCACCCCUCCGUCUUCUUCAUCCAUGAGCUGCUCCUGGAGGUGGACCGGGUCAUAUCAGCCGCCCGCACGAGCUUCGAGUCCACCUUCUCUUCCAGCUUCGCCCAGGGCCUCCUCCUCGCCCUCCGCCACCUCCUCCCCGACAUCGAGCUCCCGUCCGCCAUCUCCAUCGAGCGCGGGGACACCAGCGCGGAGCAGGUGGAGGAGUGGAGGAGGAUUCUGCAAGAGAUGCUUCACCGCAUGCGCCUGCUCUCCAUGAUCUGCGUCGGCGCCAUGGCCGGCUGCCCCCCAGAGCGGGUGGGAGGAGAAGGAGGAGGAGAGAAGCCUGUGGUGGUGGGAGGAGCGAGUGUGUCGACGGGUCUCUUCGGCUCCAUGUACAGGAAGGCAGAGGACGGGAGAAGCAUCAGUACCCCACACUCCGUCCAGAGGGACACGCUCGCUGCCACCCACAGGAACGUGAACGUCUCCUCCUCCUCCUCCUCCUCCUCCUCCUCCCUUGCGUGCCCGCAGCACACGCAUGUGGAGAGCUUGAUGGAAGAGAUGACGCUGGGAGGAGGAGGAGACGAGGACGACGAGGAGGCUCGUCUCGCGCGGCUGGGGCCCAAGGAGCAGCUGCUGGUAGUGAGCUGCUGGCUGACGCUGAAGGAGGUGGCGCUGAGCGUGGGGAUGCUGGUGAGGGUGUUCCAGGAGGAGGAGGAGAGGUUCCUGCGGAGAGAGCAGAUCAUCGAGAGCGGCAACCUCCUCCUCGACAUCAUCUUCUCCACCCUCCACAACGGCGCCAUCGAGAAGGCUCGGCUGGGCUUCCAGCGACUCUGCCAGCAGCUCCUUCGCAGCCAGAGGAGCAGAGUUCGUUUCCUCCCCUCCGAGUGGCUCGACCGGCUGCUCGAGCGGCUCUGCCGACGGCAAGCCUCCCCUGCGGUGAUCCAGGAGUCCGAGGAGGGACGGGUGGCGGAGAAGCUCAAGGACGAAGGAGGGGUCCUGCGUGCUCGGGUGCACGCGUUGAACAUCCUGCGACACAUCUUCCUGGACACGACCCUGUCGAAGGAGGUUUCUGCCUUCCUCCCUCCUGCCAUCUCGUCCGCCAUCUCCGGCUUUGGCGCCUCCUCCUGGGCCGUCAGGAACUCUUCGACCCUUGCGUUCUCCGUCCUGCUCUCUCGCUCCAUGGGCGGGGCCCACCAGCGCAAGGCCUUCGGGGCUGGCGAGUUCUUCCUGCGGUACCCCAGCCUCUGCCCCGACCUGCUCGCCCGCCUUGCGGCGGCGACGGAGGAGGAGGAGGGGAGGAGGAAGAGGAGCGAAAGCUCGUCCUCCUUCCACCCGGAGCUCCAACCCAUCCUCGUCCUCCUGGCUCAGCUCGCCCCUGCCCUCCACGUUCGAGACGACCAGGCGCAUCUGCAAGGGUUCAUCGUGCUCGUCUCCCGCUGCCUCCUCUACGCCAACGCUAUGGUAAGGAGGAUGGCGGCAAGAGCUCUCCUGCCCUUCGUCCCCGUCCAGUCCGUCCCCUCCUUCAUCCGGGACCAGCUGCUCGGGAAGAUUCCUCCUCCUCUCCCUCCUCCUCUCCCCGCCUACAACCGGCACAACCUCGUGCAGGGCAUGCUUGAGGCUGCCCGUCAGAUGGUGGAGGCGCAGACGAGGAAGGAAGAGGGGUGGUCAGACCUGAUAGAGUCGCUGAAAGGGAGGGGUGAUUGGCACCUCCUGUGUGAGGCUCUGCAGGAGAAGCUAGCGGCGCUGGAGGACGAACGGGUCCCUCCUCCCAUCCGGAUGACCCUCCUCAAGGUAGUCGACGACCUCGUGUGGGCUCCGAGCGGCAGGCUGGUGCAACAGGAGGAGGAGGAGGAGGAGGAGCGGGGAGGAGCAGGGAAUGAGCGAAGGUGUACGGGGGCGUAUGAGCUGAGGGAGGCGGCGGCUGGAGCAUGCAGGAGGCUGAUAGCAAGAGAGCGGGAGGAGCCGCAUGCUCCGAUGCUCUUCUCCUUCCUCGGCCAGGCCAGCCGCUUCCUCGUCCGCCACCUUGUGCUCCGGCUGCAACAGAGGAGCAGCAAGAGGAGGAGCAACGAGAAGGGAGAGGAGGAGGAGGAGGAGAUCUUGCAAGAGGUGAUGGGCCUGUGCGAGCAUGGGAUGUAUGAGGUGCGGUGGAUGGCUCUGCGAGGGUUGAAGGAAGGGAUCUUGGGGAGGAGAGGUCUGAAGUUGAGCAGCGGGAGGGCGAAGAGGAGGAUCCAGCAGCGGCUGCUGCAGCGGCUGCAGGAGGAAUCCAACCAUCUGUGCAGGAGAAAGCUCCUCCGCCUGCUGCUGAGCCUCGGGAAACUGCAGGAGGAGAGCGUGGCGGUGAAGGAGGGGGGGGAGGAGGUGCCAGUGUGGACCUGGUUGUCAUCCAUCCAGCGAUCGACGGACGUCAAGAGCAGCGAGCGGGCGCUGGCGAUGUCAGGAGAAGUCCUCUCUGCUCUGCUCCGCGGGAACCGAUGGAAGCAGGGAGGAGGAGGAGGAGGAGGAGGAGGAGCAGCAGCAGGCAGUGCAGUUAGGAGGAUGCUGGAAGAAUGGAUCGUGAUGGUGGAAGAGAACUCGCACGAGGCGAUGCACGUGGACAGCAGGAUCUCAGCAGUGGACGCGCUCUCCCGCUCAGACUUGCUCUGCUGCUCCCUGGACGAGGACCACGAGCUGCUCCCCCUCCUCCUGCGCAGCUGGCUGGUAGCUCUGACCCUCCUCCAGGACGACGACGAGGAGGCGAGGACGAGCAUGGCGAACUCUGUCUCGCGCGCCCUCCCCCUCCUCGCACGCGGGCAUGUGCAGCCAGCCAAGGCGAUCGAGCUUGUGUUCGAGCACCUGAGCGCUAAGGCAGGUGGACACGAAGUGUGGAGGAGGUUUCUACUUGGCAACCUGACGGGGAGGGGAGAGGGGAAGGCGGAGGACGGGCAGGAGCGGGAGGAGGAGGCGGAGGGGGCGGGGAAGCAGCCGGUGGCGGACGAGGUGAUGGCAAGGAGGCUGUUCGAGAAGGAGUGCGACAACUUUCAGGCUGAAGCUCUCCUCCUCCUCCAGCUCUCUGCCCGCAGUGCCGCAUCGCUCUCUCCUCCUCUGCCCCUCGGAGACGUCGCCGCCUGCAUGGCCCGGCUGGAGGAGCUCGUGGGGACCCUGCGGGGGCUGGGGAAGAGCUCGUGCUGGGUAGGGGAGUGA